CCGCCUGCACAUUGUAAACAAAACCGCUGCUGUCACUGAACGCAACACCUUUCAAUUCUUUUGAAAUCUACUUUUUUUUUUUUUUUUUUGUGUGUCUGGACUUUCCACCCCUUUCGGGUCAUUUUGAAAUCUGCAGGCUACGCAGCCCGUCGACAUGGACGACAUCCAGGUUGUUGAAUCCAAACCUCUGCUGGUCGACAGGGAACUGCCCGGCCUGAGGGAGGCGGUGCAGCAGCUCGCUAUCAAGGAGCACGACGUGGAGACCCCCUACGGAAGACUCCACUGCACCAUGCGGGGGGUCCCCAAAGGGGAGCGGCCCGUCAUCCUCACCUUCCACGACAUCGGACUCAACCACAAAACGUGCUGGGAUUCGCUGUUCACCCACGAGGACAUGGCGGAGAUCCUGAACCACUUCGCCGUGUGUCACGUGGACGCCCUCGGGCAGCACGAGGCCGCUAACACCUUUUCCACUGGCUACGAGUAUCCGACCAUGGACGAACUCUCCGAGACGCUCCCGCUGGUGCUGAAGCAUUUCGGGUUGAAGUCUGUUAUUGGAUUAGGGAUGGGAGCCGGAGCCUACAUGCUGACCAAAUUCGCCCUUGAUUACCCGAAAAUGGUGGAAGGUCUGGUGCUCAUCAACAUCAACCCGUGUGCCGAGGGCUGGAUGGACUGGGCUGCGCACAAGAUCAGCGGCUGGACCCACGCCUUGCCCGAUCUGGUCAUCAGCCAUCUCUUCGGAAAGGAGGAGAUCCACAACAACCAGGAACUGGUGGCCACGUACCGCCACCACGUCUUGAAGGACAUGAACCAGUUCAACCUGCAGCUCUUCAUCAAGGCCUACGAAAGUCGGAGGGACCUGGAGAUCGAGAGGCCGGUCCCGGGAAGCAACGUCAGAACCCUCAAGUGUCCGUGCCUUCUGGUGGUUGGGGACAGCUCGCCUGCUGUGGACGCUGUGGUGGAGUGCAACACCAAACUGGACCCCACGAAAGCGACCCUGCUUAAGAUGGCCGACUGUGGGGGCAUGCCCCAAGUUGACCAGCCCGGCAAGCUGACAGAGGCGUUCAAGUACUUCAUUCAGGGCAUGGGAUACAUGCCGUCCGCCAGCAUGACCCGCCUGCUGCGCUCUCGCACGGCGUCGGGUUCCAGCGUGACGUCCGCCGAGGGCUCGCGCUCGCGCUCGCACACCCACGAGGGCAACCGCUCGCGCUCGCACACCAACGAGGGCCCGCGCUCGCGUUCCCACACGGCCGACCACCAGCGGGGCCACGCCCCCGCGGGCGACGCCGCCGCCGCCGUGGACCAGGCCGUGCUCAAGGCCCCCGAAGUGUCUUGUUAAAUCGGCAACAGCAAAAAAAAAAAAAAAACAUCUUGUUUAACCCUUCUUUGUUUGCUGCACCACUGUCAACAUAUUUUUUUAAAAAAUCUGGAAUCUAGGAGGGUUGGACCUGUGCUUUUGGGUCUGGUGAUGGUGUAAGUGUGUAGAUGUAGCGCUAGGGGGUGACAGAGAGCACGGAGAAAGCUUGUGCGUCAUUUUAUGUCUCUUCACCCUGUUUUUUUUGUAUCAAACGGACACAUACGUUGACGUCAACGCGUUUUCACUCGCUGUUGGGGCAGUGUAACACUUGCCCCAUAUGAAAAAUCUCCACUGCUGGGCAAAAUUUGUGGGGAAUGAUUUAAAAAAAUUAAAAAAUCGGGAUCUGAUGGGGCAAUGCAACAUUUGCCCCAUAUGCAAACUGCUUAGCAAAAUUUGUGAGGCAUGAUUACAAACCCGAAUAUUUUUCUACCACAGCGCCAUCUUCUGGAUCUAGCGGGGCGCUGCCCUUGUGGACCACACCAUGACAAAGGCAGUGUGUGGUUUUUUGUUGUUGUUGUGCGUGUCCAUUUCAAAUUAGGGUUAGGAGGAUUCAUUGAACCGGUGCUGUUGAGUCUGGUGAUGAUGUAGUGUGUCGGGGCAUCGCUAGGGGGUGACAGAGAGCGCGGAGGAAGCUUGUUGUGUUUCAUUAUUUCUCUUACUGUUUGUUUUUUUUGGUUUUUAUUUACCAUAUCUACUGCUUACUCGUUAUUGCAAAUGUUUGCAUUUAUUUUACUUUCCUUCUGCUUGGAAACAAACAUGAAGAAGGAAAAACAUACAACAUUAAGGGAACUACUUGUUUUUUUAAUCAAAGCCACUCUUAAUCGAAAAGCUUUAUUCAUAAUGCCGGCAGGAAAAAAAAAAACCAAUUAACGUUUUUUUAUACCAUUUAUUUUCUAUACAAUCAAGCACAACGGAACGAAGCGGCGCCACGCCGUUGUUCACUUUGUGUGUGUAUGUGUGAGACAUAAAAACAUUUCGAUUGUCGUCGUUAUUGUUUUUGUUGUUAAUAAUAAUAAUAACGGCAUAGAGGUUAGUUGCCGCUCUGUCUCUCUCCUCUCUGGCUUGCACUACGUUGGCCAACAUUUGCUUUUGUUGGAGCUUUUUGACGGCUUUGUAAAGAUGCGGCGUUCGGGCGGCAUAACAGUUUGUAUUUAUUAAGAAAAAAAAUUACAUUAAAACAAAAUGCUAACUUGUAA